CACGUGAUUGUCUACGACACGCUCGUCCCCAUCUAAGCGGCGGGUGCGCGCGUUGAAGGGCGCGUCCGUGUGAGUCAAGUGUGUGAGAGCUAGAGAGACCCGCAUCACCGCUCAUUCAAUUCCUCCUUACACGCCGACUAACACAGAGACGCCGCGAUGGCCUCCGGAGUUACAGUCAACGACUCUGUGCUGACUAUCUUCAAUGAUAUGAAAGUGCGCAAGGCACAGACCAGUGAAGAUGAACGAAAGAAGAGGAAGAAGGCUGUGUUGUUCUGCCUGAGUGAUGACAAUAAACAAAUCAUUGUGGAAGAGGGUCGUGAGAUCCUGGUUGGCGAUGAGGGAGACCCUUUCCUGGCGUUCGUCAAGAUGCUGCCCCCUAAUGACUGCCGUUAUGCUCUGUAUGAUGCCACGUACGAGACCAAGGAGACCAAGAAGGAGGACCUGGUAUUUAUCUUUUGGGCCCCAGAAAAUGCUCCACUCAAGAGCAAGAUGAUCUAUGCCAGCUCCAAGGAUGCAAUCAAGAAAAAGUUUCCAGGUAUCAAGCACGAGUGGCAAGUGAACGGCUUGGAGGACAUCAAGGACCGAAAGACGCUUGCUGAGAAGCUUGGUGGUGCUUCAGUCAUCAGCCUUGAAGGAAAGCCUCUUUGUGAUUGAGGCCGAUAAUUGGGUGGGAUAGAGCUGUAUAGCUGUUCAUUUCAACAUGGAUAGGGCAAGGGCACAUGAUGGUGAUGCUGGGGGUGGGCUGUAGUGGGUGGGGUGGGGGGGAAAGUGACAGUUUCCAAACUCCACACAAAAAUUGGCUGUCAUUCCAUUUCACACGUACCAGGAACAAAAUUGUAAAACAAAGGCUAUUACUGUGCAUGUGUGCAGGCAGGUUUUGUUCUUUUCUGGUUCCUUUAGAUUGCUUGAGAAGGAUAAGGCAGAACAGCAACCAUUACAGUUAAACUAUUGCAUCUGCAAAAUACUGUUCACAUUUAUACAAUGAAUUUCUUUUUUUUUAUUUUUGCCAAACUAUCUUUCCUUUAAGUAUGUGUAGGUGAUUAGGUGUAGUACAAAACUUACCCCAUAAGUGAUUGCAUAAGAUGCACCAAGAUGUAUUUGGGAACAUGCAUAUUUUUCCAUUCCCUCUUCCCUUGUUUUACAGUUCCAAAUGUUUUAAUGAUUCCAGCUCUUAUUUGCAAAUGUUUUGAAAUCUGAUUCUAAAGUAUGGCACUUGUCAGAAUAUUCACAUUCCUUAAAAGCAAACAUUCUAGAUUAAAUGGGAAAAGAUUGAAUUGAAGGAAAGGUGAGGAGCAAUGCAUUAGGACAACCUGUGUACAGAGUUCGAAGAAUGUUGCAUAGUGGAUGUUUUGUAUCGUCUCCUUAUCUCUAAUAAAAAAAAAGCACUAAA